AUGGCUCUCAAGGUCAAAACUGCUGAAACCAAGGUUGUUCUGGUUAACCUGUUGAUAUGCAUGGUAGUUUUCUACACUGUGUACUAUGUGGUCCUAUCUGUAUGCUUCGCAGUAUUCAGGAUUAAAAUGUUGGAUGGUUUGGCACCUUUUGAUUUUAAGACAAAUCCCUCAUGGAUUAACCCCUAUUAUUUAGUUCUGGUGAUAUCAUUGGAAAUAACUUUCUUCGUUUGUGGUCUGCUGUUUGCCCUCGUUGUGGAAGAAUGGGUUUGGGAUUAUGCCGUAACAGUUACUAUUAUUCAUAUCAUCAUAACUUCAGCUGUUAUGUCUGAAUUCCCCCUGAUGUUACACUGGUGGCUGGCAUUAGGAUCUGGAGUAAUUUCAAUGAUUUGUGGAGGACAGAUCUUGGCAUACUGCUUGUUCAAAGACAACUUCAUUUACCCGAUUCUAGAUGAUUUUUGA